CCCUGCUGAGCAUCCCUCUGCCUCUCCUCUUCCUCCACUCUCAGUCUUUUUAUCGCUCCCUCACUUUCGAGCGCUUGCCCUUGCUCUCCCUCCUUUCUUCUCUCCCUCCCUCCCUCUCUCCUCCUCCUCCUCCCCCUCCUCUUGCUGCGCUCUCGACUGGCUCUUAUUCCCCUUCGCUCACACACUCAGGCAGCAUCCUCCCAUCCUCUCCACUUCUACCUUCACACUCACCUCUUCGCGCCUCCUUCUCUCCACUCCUUUCUUUUUUUUUCUCCACCUCCUACUAACACAUAUCAUCUCUGGCAUCUCCUCCCCUACCUGUUCCUCCCUCUUCUCUCCCCUCCAUCUCUCUCAUUCCUCUCUCUCUCUCUCUUUCCUCAAACACUCAACCUUGCUGUCUCACGCGCUCCACACACACUCAUGCUGAUUGGCACCCAAGGACAGAGCACCCUCUCUCCCAAACCGGCGACCGGGCGCUUUGCUUUCGGGUUUCUUGACUCUGAGCUCAGCUGAGGAAGAGGACGAGGAAGAGGCCAUGGAGCACAGCCACAUCUUCCCUGUUUUUCCCCCCAAUGGGAGCACCUGGAGCCCCGGGCAGCAUCCCUCUGAGGUUACCCAGGGAUGCCCUCUUGGACCACUGCCGGUCAUCUACUACAGCGUCCUGCUCUGUCUCGGCCUGCCUGGUAAGAAACCUGCACGCUUGUGUGUGUUUAUGUGUGUGUGUUUACUCUUUCUGUGGUCAUCUGCACAAAUUUAAGAUUAGGAUCUGCACGAGUGUUGCCGGAGUCUUGCCCUGCAUGUUGAUCAGUCGUGCGCUCGUGUGUCGGUUUGAGUGAGUGAGUGAGUGUCACGCACAGCUGCUCCUGAAUGUCACACACACCGGCGAUUUGUCAUUCUGACCUUGUGACAGUCACUUGUGCAUGUGUGCGUACUUUGUGUGUGUUUGUAUGUUCGGACUUUGAUGUAGCAUGUGUCUCCUGAGUUAGAAAAGCACCGACUUCGUGUGCAGAGCGUCUCAGAAACUCACGAUCAACUCCGAUUUCCUGAUCAAUCCGAAGUUGCAGAUGUUUGUGUGCGAGCCGGAUAAAGUAGGUGAUGAGUCAAGACCGACCUGUUGGAUGAUGAGUGUGUGAGUGUGUGUGUGCGUGCAUGUGCGUGUGUUACAUCAAUGACCUGACUGAUUUAAUGGCGCUUCCUUGUAGUGUCUUUACCAUCGACUGAUGAGUCCAUUCACAGUCGCUGUCAGCCUCCAUCCCACUGCGUGAUCUAUGAGCGCUGACCUCGGCUCACACAGGGAGGCAGAGUGAUGCCUGAGUGUGUGUGUGUGUGUGUGUGUGUGUGUGUGUGUUACAUGAUUGUAUAAAUGUGUGAGUGAGGUAGAGAGAGAGACAGGGCGAGCAAAUGUGGAGGUCAGAUGGAAAAGAAAACCUGUUAAUGCUCCAUAAGAGAUUUGGAUCCAGACUUCAGAUGAGUCCACGCUUUAAGUCAUUCAAAGUAAACGAAAAAGAAGUAAUAGUGAGUAAUCCACUGAGAUUACACAAUAACGUUAAUGUACACAAGGAGCAAAAAAGUCAAAACUUUCUGAGGUUGAUCAUCGGGAUAUUUUUGAGUGAGUCGCAGGGUUGCCAGAUGUACAAUAAUUAUCGUAUUUGUACGAUGAUUUUACCCUCCUUACGAUCAAUAACCCAGAAAAAAAGACUAAAUGUACGAUAAUCUGACAGUUUCAUGAACGUGUGGUGCAAUGGGAUUUUUCAGUUUUUUAUCUGCGAACCCUAAAGGCAUCUUUUAUCACGUGACAUUUCCAUCCAAUCGUAGUUUGAGUGACAUUUGUUUUCGCAAAACAAUCAUGCUCAGUUGGGAAGUCUGAUCAAACGCUGCUGAUGUGGGGCGGACGAGUGAAUGACCAUAAAACUGCAGCGACAAAAUCGUGAGUGCCUGUAGGACCUUAAACAGAGUGACUAUAUCUGACUAUAUGUGCAACAGUAAGAUUGUUAUUUUGAUUACGACGGGUAUACGAUAAUUUUGAGUCUCUGGUACGAUAAUUCUUUAUGUCCCAUCUGGCAACACUGGUGAGUGGGUUUUAUUUAAUCUUUGCAUGGCUGAAGGGUUAAUGGUGGAGCGCUGCCACAAAUGAGAGGACAAGAAGCCCCUAUGAUUUGCUACAAGCAUUUAUACUCAUAUCAGUGCAAUUUCUAUUGUGCGCAACGACAGCCACUCUUUGAACCGCUGCAGUGCACCUGCAGCCACUCGGUAAAUACAAAUGCAAAGUCACAAGUUUAUCCGUUUUGUGAUACUGUACAAACAUGACGGUGCAAAACUCCUCUGUAGGUGUAAACGGCUCGAUCUGAGUCAAACAAAACAAAACUCAGCCGACGUGAAUAAUUUUUGGUAUGUUUUUGGUGCCCCCCAGUGGCCAAAGCAGUUUUUACAUAUCUUGUCUUUCACAUACUAAAGUGAAAAACUCAUGGAGCUGAAUUUUGAUAACCAAAUGUUUCACUUGUUGUGUUUAUCUUUUUGGUGGAAAUUUUAAAAACUUUGACAAUGACUCUAAAUACUUUGGUUUGUCUGAAAACCAAACCAGUUCAGAAACGACUGAUGAGACUGUCCACUCACGCUACAGCGGCCAUGUUUGUUUGUCUCUGCAGUGAGUGAACGACAGGGAAAGGGUAGGGGGCGCAAAUGACAAGGAGGAGUGGAAGGAGGUACAGGAGAGGAAAUUCAGAUUUCCAUUCUUAUGAAUAAUUUAUCAACCACAAAUGCAAAUUAAUUGAUUUACCGCACAGCCCUACAUAAUGAGCAUGUAGUGUUCCUUGUUGAAGCUGUAAUUUGGAGAGAGGGGGAAGCCAGUUAGAAGUCCCACCACCCCAGGAGGUCAGUUUUAAGACCGGCUGUGCUGCAUACUGGAGCAUUCAGAUCUGAUCUACAGUCCAGAGUCUGUCUUUGCUGUUUUGUUUGAAAUGGACCUGAUGCUCAAUCCUGUUUCAGUGUCCAAUUUCCUGUCCAGAUCCAGUAGAAAACAUUCCCACUGUCAUGAGUGAAGCUGCUGUGAAUUUCAGUGAAUAAACCACAUUUUUAAGACCCUUUUUUGUCGUCUAAAAAUGUGACUUUGUCCGACACACCAAUGCAACUAAAGCAAAGAGGUUCUCUGUUGAGGCAAACCGGACAAUCAUGACUUAAAGAGCUACACAUCUGCAUUAAAACUGCACAUUUCUGACAACAAUGGUUUGUCCUUUUCUACCCUCAAAACAAACACGUCCUUCCUACCUUUGCAUCUUAAAUUCAGGAUUUUACAGUAGUUGAAAUAUACGUUUAAAGUCCGGGAAUGAAACCUUUGUUUUUUUCGACUGUUUCAAAGUUGGGCUCCUUUUUUUCUGCAGCCUGGAGGAAAGUCCAGGAUGGUUUAUGUUUUUAAUUUUAUCUGUGAUCUAUGUGUCUACUCAGGCUCCCGGCUGUUUCUAAAAUAAUAGUGUCUCAAAACCCUCUUUUAGGCUGAGAAUACAAUCCACAGAAUCAGAUCUGACAAUCAAUUAUUUAGCGGUCAAGUAAAAUUAAGGACGAUUCAGGGGUUUUAUUACUCAGCCUUUAUUUUUGGCAAGAUUUGCUCCGAGAUUAGAGGGAAAAGGCGAUGGUUACUCUUCUUAAUGGAUCUAAUUAGUGACUCAUGUUUUAUUUGACCCUCUACAGCAGAUUAAUUUAUCUCUCUGACCUCUGUUUCCUUUUCCUCUGAUAAAAAAUUGGGAGCACAACCUCAGCUGUUCUGGUUUAAAACAAAUCUGCAAUGCAAAAAAAAAAAAAAAAACUGCUUGUAUGCCAAGGCUGCGGUUGCUUCUUCACAGAUUUGCAGUAUCAGUAAAAGCAGAAAUCAGUCUGUCUCUGUGUCGCCCGGUUCAUCCUCUCUGAGAGCGAAUCGAGUCUUGCACGUGCAAAUCCCUGCGCUGCCAUUUAAACUUUUUUUUUUCUUGCCUCCUCUGCUGCUGAGCUGUCUUUACAAACCUGAUUGAAUCUGUUUGUUUAAUCAGUGAGCAACAAUAACCUGCCAGUGUAACGCAAUCCUGCACUAGCUGUCUGUAUUAAUGGCAGAGUGGAGUGCAGCCGGCUGGUUCUUUGCAGCAGCUGGAGUUGGACUUCUUCAAUCAUUAUGACACAGCUCGUUGAGUUCACGCUGAAUCAUGAAUGUUUCAUGAGCAUGUGCGAGUAGUAGCGGCGUGCUCCCGCAGACACACACAUACACAACGCUCCCAGAUGGAUGGGAAGGUGUUACCUUGAUUACCAGCCAGUGUUUCAUUAGUUAACAGCAACAGGGCUGCACAGGGACGUCGUCACGUCUGCAUAUGGUUCUUCUCACCCACUUUGACCUUUAAGCUGCAGGCGGAGAGAAAGAGAGAGGAGUGGAGGGGGGGGUCACAUCAAGAGAAGAGGGUCGAGGGUGGAGAGGAGAUAAAAGAAGGUGAUGAAAAAAGGGAUUAUGCACGUCGAGAGGCGGGAGAUGAUUGCACGAUGACCAGGGGAAAUGAUGAACUGGAAGCUCAUGAUGAACAGGUAGCAAAGGGGGGAGUAUAAGGGAGUAGAGGGGAGUAGAGGUAGUCAUUUUUGACCAAUAAUAGAGAGAGAUUAAUAAGAGCAGAGCCGGGGAAGUAGCAGAGCAGGGGAGCCGAAGACGACAGAGCUGAAACCAAUUGCCACAUUUUUAAUUAAUCGCUUACCUCCUUCCUCCUUUACCGUCUCCUCUCCUCUCCUCUCUCCACACCUUUGUGACAAAAACAGACAUGUGCUUUAACACCAAACACACUGAGACAAGACCUCCUCACAGUUUGUUUCAAAGCUCAGUUCGUCGAGGUUAAAUCAAGCCUCUGAAAACAGCUGCUUUUCUGCAUAUCCGCUUGAGCCGAACGUUUUCUCUCCACCCUCGCUGCUCCUGAUCUUCUCACCUGCGUGUGGCCGUUUCAAACCCACCUGUUCAGCCUGCAGGUUGCUCUUCAUGCCUGAAAAUGACUUGCAAAUCUUUAAACGGUAAUAAAACGUCUGCAAUCCCAGAUAGCGCAGCGGGGCCCAAAGCCGCUUAGAGGAUUGAAUUAAUUCUUUGCUAUUCUAUCAAACAAUUAUUCACUUGUAAAAUAUUAUCAAAUUAGCCCUCGGGCUCUCAUUAAAGAUUCAAGAAAACUUGCAGAGAUGAUGCUUUUCGCUUUUGCCUGCAGCAUGUUUACCCUGACCUCACACAGCCUUUGCAGAGUAUAUUUUAAAUUAAUAUCACUCUCUCUAUUCAAGCGUGAUCAGAUGCAAAGUAAAACCUUAAAUCAUUUGUUUUUCGAUGCUUUUGUGUGCUCUGCAAAGCGAUUGGUCGCCUCGCUUUGGUGUCACAUUUGGACAUUUUUUAAAAGAAGCAGGAAUAUUAGAAAGAUGUACAAAAAAGAUAGGGUUAAAAACUGAUGCUAGGUGACUGUGAUCUCACUGUGAGAUGACUUUGGGACCGGAGAACCUGUGUGUUUUAUUCUAAUCUGUAAUCUGAGCUGUGGCAGUAGCUCCGGUUAGAAAAGCAGGGUCAAAAUCACAAUAACCGCCUCUGAAAAUUGAAAGAAGUACACUGAAGCAUGAAGAAUUCAAACUCAAGUACAAGGUCCUCAGAGCAGCCGCCGUGCCGUAGUUACCUUCAGCCACUUAAAUGAAAAGCAUGUUUGCACAGUAAAACAAGAAGGUUCAUUUUGUGCCAUGGAGACAGAGUGGCUUUUCAUAAGAAAGAAAAUUCAAAAGCAUCGACAUUUCAGCGAAUACACACAGAAAGCCGACAAAGAUUUAAGGCAGCCUGCAGAAAUGUGAAUCCUAUUUAGCAGAAGUAAAGGAGGUAAAUAUACAAAAAAAAAAAAAAGAAUCCUGUGAAAACACUGAUGGUGACAGCGCCAUGUGACAUACUGUAUAUAAUCAUCUUUUUUGUUUAUUUGCACCGCCCACUUUGUUGAAGACAACCUUUACAUGCAAACGCCUGGUGCUUGUAAGAGGUUUGCAGGCCUGGCAUGCAUACUCAAGCAUUUACAGUCACUGUUGCAGAUCUGUGUGCAUGCAGAUCAUUUUUACAACUCUGCCAUGUGACAGUGAGUUGUGUUUGAGAACGCCAAGGGCAGAGUUUUACGAGGCUGUUCCCGUGUAAACAUGGCCUCAGAGUCAACAGGCUGUAAACAAUACUAUUCUAAUGGCCACUUUGCAGGUACAAUUUAUAUCGGACCAAACAUUAUCAUUAUUGGCCGACUCUAUGCUCUUAAUCACAUCAAACCCAACAUCUUCAUUUAAGUCAGGUCACAUCUGCUCAGCCAGACAGUGCAAGGACACUGAAUCAAAGAGGGGUAAAAGGGAUAUUCCGGCGUAAAAUUAAUUUAGUCAUGUGCUCAACCAAAAUGCCACAAAUAAUGCUCAGAACAGCACCUAACUUCAUCAACAGGACAUAUAGGGUCCCAGCCACCAAACAUCUUUUUAACUUUGACUAAUUUCUUUAGCAAAGAGACUAAACACAACUCACCGUCUCUCUUCCAGCACCCGUUUGUUUGUCCAGUCCAUUACAGACUGCUGCGGGGUGACGCAGCUCAAGGAAGAACAUUAUGGAUCAUUUUCUUCAUGGAAAUUCAAUCAGACCGAGACACUAAGGCAGAAGAACUACCGCAUCUGCAGUGAAAAAUGAUUAAUAUGAUGAUUAUUACUUCAAGGAAUUGAUAAAGUAAUGAUCAUAAAUGUUCUUCCUUGAGCUGCGGCACUCCACUGUAGUCCGUAAUGGACUGGCCUGAGGUCUUGCUACUAAUAAGCGGCUGCUGGAAGAGAGUAGGUGAGUUGUGCUUAGUCUCUUUGCUAAAGAAAUUAGGCAAAGUUAAAAAGAUGUUUGGUGUCUAGUACUAUGGCUGGAACCCUAUAUGUCCUGUUGAUGAAGUUAGGUGCUAUUCUGAGCAUUAUUUGUGGCGUUUUGGUUGAGGUUUGUUUAUGGCUCCUCAGACCGCUGUGUAUUGCUAUUCUGCGGUCGUUACUAAAGUUGAUAUAACUAGAGAAGCCAGUGGUCUGCAACAAUUAUCUCUUGAGGGGGUGUCUAAUUCGGUGUUUGACCCUAAAUUAAUUUUACACCAGAAUAUCCCUUUAAGGUGAGCAAAUUCAUCCUCCAUCCAUUCAUCCACUUUUGCUUAUGAGAAAGACCAGGCUUGGUGGCUGCAAGCUGGACAGGUUGCCAUAAACCUCCCUCUCCCUCCUGGUAAUCCAGAGGUGAUCCCAAGCCAAAAAUGGGACAUAAUCCCUACAGCACAGACCGGGUCUUAUCACAGUUGGCCAUGCCUCGAAAACACUCGAGGAGGCACCCGGGGGCCACUCUUAUCAGAUGUCUGAACCACCUAGACUGGCUCCUUUCGUUGUUGAGAUGUGUGCGCUCUAGACUCUAUAUUUAAGGUUGAGCCCAGCCGCAUAUUCAAAGGCGACUCAUUCUGGUACUUGCAUCCACAGUUUUAGUCUUCCUGUCUCUACCCACAGCUCACGACCACAGGUAGGAGUCUGAAUGAAGAUGUGCCAUAUGGAGAGCUCCUUUCUCACCUUCAGAGCGACAUGAUGUUGCAGCAACCAGACUGUCCAUCACUGUCAGUGCAUUCCUGGCCUCUUACCAGAAGCGUCUCCCCAAUGACAAUCGAAGUGUGACUGUCUGAAAACAUGUCCUCUCAUUCCUGCUUAACCACCCACCGGAGGGGGAAAAGGUCAGGGAUGUUGGGUGCUAAUAACCCCCUUUGUUUCACGCCGCAGUGUAGGCCAGGUGUCAGCCGCUACUUAAUGAAGAGAUGGGCCCCAUUGAUUUUCAGUUUGGACUAUUGAUCUGUCAAUCUGCACCAACAGCAGGGCAUGUGUGGAGGGAUGGGGGGGUUUGUUAAUAGAUGCUAUCACUCUGAAAAAGAAGAUUUAAAUCAGAGGUGUGAGCUGGAAGAGUAUUGGGGAUGAUGCGGAAAAGGUUGACAUUUCAGUGAACUAACUGGAAGAUAGUUGAGAGUGUCUUCGGUGUGCAGGUGGAGAGAGGACAAGAUGGGUGGAGAAGAGACAGGCAUGUCAGGGAUGAGCCUGAGAGGACGAAGAGGGAGGCAAAGAGAGAGGGGGUGUUGCUUUAAGGCAAUAAAUCAGAGAUGCAGUGACAAGGCUGACAAAACAGUGUCAGUGCUGCUAAAAAAGACACUCCUUGAAUGUUUCCUGUAUAUAUUUUUUUAGUUUUGUUAUAAUGCUGUAAACUGAGCACUCCUCCUUCACACCCUCCAUCUAUCAACUCUUCCUCUCUCCUCUCCAAUUAAUCCCUCUAACAUUUGUCUCCUCUAUUUCAAACCAAACAACUUUCACCUUCUUGUUUCUUUGGGAUUUGAAGCCUCAUAAAAACGUCUGGAAAGGAUUCAAGAGCCGGUUUUAAUUUUAUGCUUUGUUUACGAAGCCUUUAAAUAGAUGAGCUGAGUGUGUCAGUCUGCAGAGCCACAUCACAGGCAGCAGCAGCAGCCUGGAUGUAAGGAGAGUCAUCUGCACCGAAAUUUAACUCAUUCAUUUAAGCAGAAGCAGCCCGAGCUCCUUUAUCUGAGUGUAACCAUUAAAGCCGCAGUGUGGAGUUUUCAGCUGGUUAUAAAAGAGGCUGAAAUUAACACAAUACAUAACCAAAAGGCGGCACAAAGACAUAUUAUUUAUAUACUGUUAUUUUUUAAAGCAUGAAACCGCUGUCAGGAGGUGGGAGAUAGACAAAGCAGUUCACAGCACGCUGAGGAAACAACCCACUCGGUACAUUUUUCACAGCAAAGACACAAAAGAGUGAUACAUUUGACAGUUAAAGGGAUAGUGCGUAGUUUUAGCAGCAUUUAGCAGGGCAGACUUGGCAGAAAUUAAAUGUAACAUGUGUUUGAAUCAGUGUAUAAUCACCUGAAUGUAAAAACUACUUUGUUUUUGUUGAUUCAGACUGAGCCUUAUGUAUCCACCACUGUAAACUCUGAUUCUCAGUACAUAUCAUGUCAUUGUCAUAAUAACUCAUAUUCUACUUUGGUUGUAUUUUGGUUUCUUUGAAGAAAAGGUUUAAAGGUUAUAUCCAAGAGUUAUGUGAAAUAGAUGGGCUUUCAGAAAUCUAACUGAAGCACCAAACAGAGCGUAAACUUACACCGAGAGCAGUGCUUUGGGUAGAGUUUGUAGAAAGUAACAAGGUAAAGUUAACCCUGUCUGCAGCAGCUGAUAGCCUGGCUUCAAGAUAGGACACCAACCAUGAAUUGUAUCAUGAUGUACGAUAUGACAGGAUAUGAUACAAUCCGAUACGAUACAAUCCGAUAUGAUAUGAUAUAAUACAAUACAAUACAAUACGAUACAAUAUGAUACGAUACAAUACGAUACGAUACAAUAUGAUACAAUACGAUACGAUACGAUACAAUAUGAUAUAUUAUGAUACGAUCCGAUACAAAAUGGUACGAUACGGUACAAUGCAAUACGAUACAAUUCAAUAGGAUGAUACAAUGCUAUACAAUACUAUCCGAUCAGAUCGUGCAAUAUGAUACAAUACGACGAUAUGAUCAGUACGAUACGAUACGAUAUGAUACGAUCCAAUACAAUACGGUACAGUAUGGUAUGAUAUGAUCAGUGCAAUACGAUAUGAUAUGAUACAAUCCGAUAUGACACGAUACGAUACGUUUCGAUCCGAUACAAUACGGUAUAAUAUGAUACGAUAUGAAACAAAAGGAUGAUACAAUAUGAUACGAUACGAUACAAUAUGAUACAAUACAGUAUGAUAUGUACCACGAUAUAACACAAACCACAUUAUAUUUCAAACAUGUACCCCAGUAUUGGUGUGUCCUAAAACAAACUAACCACAGCGCUAACAGCCCAGCUUUCAGUUUUGUCCUUCACCUGGUGUCUCAUCAAACAGGCCAAGUUAACCAGGAUCCCCUGUUAGGAAAACCACUUCCAACAAACUGUACAACAAACUUUAAACCGUGCUCCAUUAUGUGUUAUUUAUUAUACAUCGCUCCUUCAUUAUGAAAAGACCGGCCAUUUCCCUGUGAUUGAUUGUGUUUGCAUGGUGCUGGCAUACUUUCAGUGUAAAUUACUAUAAUGUUAGUUUUUCAGUAGAGGUCCUCUGUUUUUGUUUUUUUAUCCCUGGUGAAUAUUUUUAUUUUUCUGGCUUCAUAGCAGAGAUGAGCUCCUGGUUUCUGUCGGGGGAUUUACAAAACCGUCCUGCUUCAUGUCCGGUCGGACACUUCAAGAAGACAAAAGGGAAAUGGUUGUCAUCAGGAACAAAGUGCUUGUGACCUUUGAAGCAAGCUUUGAUAUUCACCCCCUCCCUGCGUCCCUCGGCUCUCUUCCUUUCCUCCCACUUCCUCGCUGCUCUCACCUACUCCUCUCCCUCUGUUUUUUUUUACUGCUUAAUCCUCCUCUCCAUUCCCUCUCAAUAACCUGCUCUCUUUUUUCGCUCCCUGUGACCUUCCUCAGACCACACUUUACCCCAACACUUCAUCAGUUUCUUCAUUCUUCUCUUCUCGCCUUAUUAACCUUCGGAGGACCUGUCAAAGCCAAAGCUUAAUUUCCUCCUAUUGACCAAAAAAAAAAAAAAAACUUAAUUGCAUUGCACACGCUCUUAUUUUUGCAGGCAGCACUUUCAGUUAAAUUACUCAGAGUGCGAUAUAAGAUGCCCAUGAAAAAGCAUGAUGAUAACCGUGCAAGGAGGCUGCCGCAUGUUGUGUUCAGCCACAGGUUUCCAGGGGUUAAACUGCACAGUGCCAUUUGCCGACAGCCCGUCUGAACACAUCCCUCCAUUGGUGGGAUGAGUCAGCCUCGUUACACACCUCAGGGAGCACGCUGUGACUCCUCUUUUCCCGCUAAACAACGUCAAUGGCCCCUCGUUAUAUUAGAGAAGCAGCAGGGGGAGCGGAGACACAAAAGCACUCCCACACAAAUAGACAGACGGGGUCAGUCAAGCAAACACAGUCACACAAACACAAGCAAAUGUAGACAAACAGACAAAAACACAGCGGCUGAUUAUUUGUCCUGCAGGUCACUGCGAUCCCCCUCUCAGCUUGAGGAGGAGGAAAGAGAAGAAAAGGGAAGAUUUGCAUGUGUCUACACCUGAAUGGAGUGUGACAAAAAUGCCAAUCUACAAGCAUGUGCUCCUGUGUAUGUUUGUGUGCAUCCCAUAAAUUGCCUGUCCCCUGCAUGUGCCACCUUAUUCCUGCAGAAUAGUGAGCAGGUUCAUCCGGUUCUACCCUCCACUCACUCACACACACACACACAUACACACCUCCCCUCGGCUCCAGAGACAAAGUAAAGAGCAAGAGUCAAUUGAAAUGAAUGGGCAACCCAUUGCAGGCUGGCUAGAAUUAAAUGGAAAUGUCAAGCUCACCAAGGAUCCCCUUUGUUUGUCUGUAGAAGGCCUCCGUCUCACCGGGGGAGCCUGCGCAGAAUAACAGCCCAGCAGCGACAGUGAACACCUCACAGUUUCCAUUUCAUGUGUCUCUUCUCUGUUUAGAGGUUUGUGGACAGAGACAGAGUAAGAUACCUGAGGGUGAGGUGAUGAAUUAAAGGUGGGGUACACUCUGCAGGGUUUCCAAUUCGUCUCCUUCAGGAAAUUUUGAGCUCAAAACAAAAGAUGCAAACAAGAGGGAAAAGAUCAAUCCUGAGCCGGGCGAAAGGCUCCCGGUGCCUCUUUCUUCAUCACUAAUGUUUUCUUCGUAUGGCAGCACUGUUGCAUUAAAAUAUACCACUUUUGACAUUCGUAUAAAGAUAUUUGAAAGUCAGUUUAAGGUGCAGCUGACUUGACUGACAGCUGGUUCUUUGCCUCUUCUCAAGUCAACCAAAUGUUAGGAAGAUUCGCCAUUUCCAGUAUGUCCACCCCCAUUGUAGGGCAGAAAACAACAGGUGCAAUACUAAUGGUUUACUGAUACACACACAACAGUUGACCUGAAAUUGAUUAUAUCCAACAUUGAGGACUGAAGUGAUGUCCAGAUAAGCUGAGCUUAAAGCGAUAUUAAUUUAGGGUCAAACGCACCGUAACACUGAGUUAGACACCCCCUCGAAAGAUGAAUGUUGCUGACCGCUUGCUUCUCUAGUUAGACCAACUUUAGUCACAACCACAGGAUAGCAAUACACAGCAGUCUGAGGAGCCGUAUACAAACCUCAACCAAAACGCCACUCUAUAGCCACAAAUAAUGCUCAGAACAGCACCUAACUUCAUCAACAGGACAUAUAGGGUCACAGACAUAGUACUAGCCACCAAACAUCUUUUUAACUUUGACUAAUUUCUUUAGCAAUGAGACUAAACACAACUCACCUACUCUCUUCCAGCAGACGCUUGUUUGUAGCGAGACCUCAGGCCAGUCCAUUACCAACUUCUGCGGGGUGAUGCAGCUCAAGGAAGAACAUUUAUGAUCAAUACUUUAUCAUUUCCUUGAAGAAAUAAUCACCAUGGUAAUCUUUUUGCACUUCUGUCUCUCGGACUGAUUACAUUUCCAUAAAGAAAUGAUCAUAAAUGUUCUUCCUUGAGCUGUGACACCCCGCUGCAGUCCGUAAUGGACUGGCCGGAGGUCUUGCUACAAACAAGUGGCUGCUGGAAGAGAGUAGGUGAGUUGUGUUUAGUCUCUUUGCUAAAGAAAUCAGGCAAAGUUAAAAAGAUGUUUGGUGGCUAGUGCUGUGGCUGCGACCCUAUAUGUCCUGUUGAUGAAGUUAGGUGCUGUUCUGAGCAUUAUCUGUGGUUAUAGAGCGGUGUUUUGGUUGAGUGCGUGGCCCCCUGUAUUGCUAUAAGUUGGUAUAACUAGAGAAGCAAGCGGUCGGCAACAUUCAUCUCUCGAGGGGGUGUCUAACUCGGUGUUACGGUGUGUUUGACCCUCAGUUAAUUUUACACCAGAAUAUCCCUUUAAAGACUGAAUUUACCCCACAGUCAACAGGAGCUCUGUGUGGCGUACGGGGAGGUUUCUGCAAAAGAGGGUGUAAUUCAGCAGCCCUCCGUUUACACAUGUAUCGGCUUGUCGAGCCUCUUAAACUGCUCUGACAUCUCAUUUAUGGUUAUUGAUAGAUCGUAUGCUAAUGACUCGGUGCAUCCCUGAUGAUCUCCGUGUGUUUGUGUGUGUUCUGCUGCACAUCCUGCAGUCUGGCAAGGACAUCGUCAGUCAUGAUGUGGAGCCCGCUUUGUAAUUUGUAAUCAGCUGAUAGAGGCUGAGGCUGUGAAGUGUGAUGUACCAGACUUCAAGCUGCCAUAUUUAAUCCAAUCCCAGAUCUAUUACCGGAGAGGGGACCCCUGAAUUCACAUGCACACACUUAGACAUGCACGCGCUGCACGGAUACUAAGUGCAUUGACGUCUCGGGGCUGGUAGGGUGCAAGUCUCUGUCAGAGGCGUCUUGGUCGGCGGGGAAACAGAUUAGACAUGGCUUCUUGCCGCAGCAGUGUAUUUCACUAAAUAGGCUUUGUUGGCAGCAGAAUAGGAUGGAUACAUUAUUGUUUGUUUAGGUAAUUGAACCUCCACAGCAUGAAAUAGGAAAGUUAUUGAUUUUCUUAAAUAAUGCCCCCGAAUGCUACUCUUCAUGUCACAACAGUAUUGAGCAGUGUUUAUGUGCAAACUAGUCUCCACUAAGAAAAAAGACCUCUCCAAGUAAAGAAUAAUGAUGCUUUAUAUAAAAAUCUUUACAAAAAAAUCCCCGUUAAAUCCAUCUCAUAGAUCAUCAUCAUCAUGGAAGGAGAAGCAUCUACAUCCAACAAGUCCAAGAUAGGAGCUUGGAGUUUUUGCAAAUAUAUAAAUUACUUAAAAUCUAUUUAAGUAUCCUGUUCAGCUGCUGCAGUUCAGUUCUUGUGAGUUCUCAUGAUUCCUGCUGUCUAUAACCCGCCAUGAAAUUCGCCUCACAAACGGAUCCGGUAGGAAUUGGCGUAGGGCGAAAAUCGCUGCCGUUCCAAUCAAUUCUCACCAGAUGCUUGCAGACUGGGACAUGGACAGUAGUAAUACAACUUUUAACUGUCACUCUACUUUUUAAUAAUUUGACAAACACAGUCAGUUCUCGAUGAAAAGCUAUCUAAAUAAACUCUGAAAAGUUCAUCAUCCUUUCCAGCUCAGCACAAAUCAUUUCACUCUUUUCUCCAGGUCCAAGUUUUCACAUGACAACAAAAAGUUAUUGUGUGAGCAAGGUCCACGUCGUUUCUCUGUGUUUAGAAAGCUGCGACCACGCUCUCAGCUUGGAGGCACAUGCUGCAGCUGAGGAGGAAACAGGGAACACAACUGGAGGACAGAGAAAUAAGACAUGUAAUGAGCCUGUUCAAUUCAAUUUCUGGACUGCAGCUCCACGUGAGAGGCAGAGAGCUGCUCCUCCCGCCUGAUGCAGGUGCACGGAGGUCAGACGCACAGCUUCUGCUGCUCCUGGUAAAAGCAGCUGUAGCUGUGGGAUAAAUUACAUCCAGACCUUUGUGUCCAGAUUCUCUCCAGCACAAAACAACAGAGUUACAGUCCCUCCUCUUGGCUUUACCUCAGAAGAAAAAGGGUUUGCAUAAACAAACCAAAAGACACGAGGGAAAGACUUGAUUUUGCUCCACGAAGAGCAGCUCUGAGGGUUUAUUUUGGGGAAACGGAGUAACGAUUGUUACUCCAGAGAGGCGGGCAGGCAGGGAGAGAUGGGGUGCCCUUGUGUUUUGUUUUAGGAGCUAAAUUGCCAAAGGCAGGCAGGAGCGAGCUCAGCAGCUCGCCAAGGCUGUGAUGCUGCACACUGCCCUCCUGUUCUUGUUGUGGUUUUUCUCUUUAUUAGAGAUAACAGUUUGGCCAAAGGGAGAAGGGGUGCUGCUGGAGUUAAGAGGGAGGAGAGAGAGGGAGCAACUUGCUACAGGAAUAUGAUUUAUACUCAGAUUUGUUUCCUGUAAAACUAAAGGAAAAGAAGAUGAAUAUCAGUUGUAAAUAAUGUACAAACAACAACUACGUCAUGCACUAGUAUGUCAAACGCCGUUAUAACCUAAAGUUUGGCAUACUGUACAGAAAAAUCAGCCAGCCUCUACUGGCCGCCUAAGGAACUGCAGUUUUUGACAUAUUCUGGUCUGAUGUCAUUUUCCGGCCUUUAAAUUAGCUGCUCUUGGCUUCACCUCCAGGAUAAUGUGGUGAACCCUUUUCCAAGGUCCUGACGCCUCCCUCCUCCUGAUCUUUGUGUAUGUGUUGGAUUUGGUGUCACUGAAAACUUGGCGCUGCUGCUGUAAUUGUCGUCGUCUGCUGCUGCCGCCGACUAACACUCAGUUUCUCUGUUUCUCCCCCUGCCCUAACCUGAACCCAUUUCUUUUCCAAUCUCACACUUUUUUCAUUUCCAUCACUUCUUCAUUUUUUCCACCUAUCUUCUUUCAAUCUCCUUGCUGCAUCCUCCCUCCCCUCUUCCCCCUCCCCAGCUAACAUCCUGACGGUGGUCAUCCUGUCCCAGCUGGUGCUGCGCCGUCAGAAGUCCUCCUACAACUAUCUCCUCGCUCUGGCGGCGGCGGACAUCCUCGUCCUGCUUCUUAUUGUCUUUGUCGACUUCAUAUUGGAGGAUUUUAUACUGGCUGCGCCGCUGCCCCCCUCACUAAACAAUGCGGUGCAGGUUCUGGAGUUCUCCUCCAUCCACACCUCCAUCUGGAUCACCGUCCCCCUCACUAUCGACCGCUACAUAGCUGUUUGUCACCCGCUCCGCUACCACACAGUCUCCUACCCGGCCCGCACAAGAAGGGUGAUAUUCGCUGUCUACAUCGGGUGCUUGCUCUCUGCAGCUCCUUACUACUGGUGGCCUGAGCUGUGGCACAGCCUCCCAGGGGUGGGCAGCGGAGGAGGAGGAGGAGGAGGAGGAGGAGGAGGAGGAGGAGGAGAGGGCAACAGGAGAACCGUGGCCCAGCAUGUCCUCGUAUGGGCCCACUGCACCACCGUCUACCUCCUCCCCUGCACCGUCUUCUUCUCCCUCAACGCAGUCAUUGUGCGGAAGCUGCGCAGACGCCGCAGCUGUUUCCGCCUGCGCGGCUACUCCACCGGCAAGACCACCGCAAUCCUCCUCGCCAUUACCUCCAUUUUUGCCGUCCUGUGGGCCCCGCGUACCCUCAUGAUCCUCUACCACUUCUACUCCUCGCCACCCGCCUCCCAAGGUGCUGGACGACUGCUCCACAUGCUAACCGAUGUGGCGAACAUGCUAGCGUUGCUCAACACAGGCGUCAACUUCUUCCUCUACUGCUUCAUCAGCAAGCGUUUCCGGGGCAUGGCGGCCAACGUGCUGCGAGCUCUAGUCCACUGCAGGAAGCAGCCCCCGCCGUUCUACGCCAGCCACAACUUCUCCAUCACGAGCAGCCCGUGGAUCUCACCAGCCAACUCCCACUGCAUCAAGAUGUUGGUGUACCAGUACGACAAAAACGGGAAACCAAUCUGUAUUUCCUCUUGAGCUUUCAGACACCAGCAGCCGACCCCAGCCCUGAGUGGUUUGGAAAUAUAUUCAGGCUUUGUCUCCUUGGUGACCAGCUUACCCACGUGGGAUUAUUUGAGGCUUGAAAAUGUCAACACGCCCGGAGAGCACAGAGGCAGUUUAGCGGUUGCAAAGAUGCGAUCUAGCACGGUGGGAAACAGCAGGUAUUCACGAAGCUGAGGCCAGCUCCAGAGAAAGGUUGAUUGUUUCCUCCAGCAAAAAAAAAAAAAAAACAGAAAAAACAAAAACACAGCUACUGUAAGACACUGAUAAAGAGAUCUCACCACCAUCUAUCACUGACUUUAUGAGCCAAAUGUUUGUAUCAGUGAUAAACCGACGACUAGAUGAGUCCUUGGUGAAGCAUCAAAUGCCUGCUGACAGUGAUUUCUUUAUGACCGUUCGCUGUUGCACAACAGUGACGAGCCUUGAACAGCUGGGUCGUCUCUCCGUCGGGAGUCAUUUCCAGAAAUCAAGCAGAGAUUCAGUCAGAGUCCGGGGCACUAAACGUCUCACCUCGGAGGGGUGAUUCACUCAGGCAGAGCCAUCGAUGGCGUGUCCAUUGUCCACGGUUAUGAGUGUCUCUCAAGCACUUCAAAACAGCACUGUCAUCUCCUGUUUAAUAUGCAGAGGAGUCUCAAAGGCAUGCUAAUUUGGGCUUUUAUGAAAUGAACAGCCCUCCCUGACUUUCCUCAUCCCGACCAGUCACCUUCAAGUUGGCGCUCGCCAUGGAAAUCAUCUACAAGAUUGUCCUAGGAUGAGUGAUACUCUGCUUAUUGUUGGUUGAAUAUUUAUUAUAAGUAGACUUGACUGUUAUUGUAGCUGCACAAAAACAGAAGACAAAAAAAAUUAAUUGGGGUUGCGCCGACUCCAAGGUGUCAUUAACCUCGUAAUCGCAUUUCCAGUCUUAGGAGGAGGAAAUUUCUGCUCUAAGUAGAUAGUCCUCUAUUAACUUUGAAUGGACCUUGAUGACUUACUGUUAGCCAUUAUCCUGAUGAAUAUAAUGAAUGUAUCUCUUUAACCCUUUAGCUUUCUGAGAGCGUGAGAGAAAGAGAGAGAUUGAGAGGUGAGAGAGAAAUCCGCCGUCCUUCCCUUGAGGUUUUGUUUCCCUUCAUGAUGCAGCAGCGAAUCUGAUCUCAGGGCCACAGAGAGGCAUUUCAGCGCUGCUCAAUCCGCCAUUCAGUCACAUUUUACACCGAAACACGGCCUUCAUCUUCAUCUCGAUCCCGCCUGGUGAUGAAACACGCACACACUCUCUGUACUGUAUUAAGAACACAUUGAAAUCAGUGCUCAUCCGUUCUGCAGACACCUUCAGGCAUCGUCGGCGUUCAUCUAUCCAGAGAGAAUGGAGCUUUGCCAAAGGGCAGAUUUCUGCUAAUACCUGCCAGGAGGGAUCAGACACAUCUGGCCUUUUGUUGUAAUGGAUACGGCUUUAAAUCUGAUGAAUGUUAGGUGUGUCUGUCAUCGCUGAUAAUGUCACGCCCUCCAAACUCUUGUUCGACGCUCAAAUGUCUGACACGCUUUAAGAGGGUGGCUGUAGCUGCGUGUUGCUCUUAAUCGUACCUCAAAAAUCAUUACAGCAAAAAAACCUCAGAGCGAGGGUCUGAUGUCUUUAGCCCUUUUUUUUAAAAAGCUGGAGACUUCUGGUUCAUUUGUGAGUUACUAGAAACGCCAGUUCGACUUUACUCUGGGUAGGUGCAGAUUCAAAAUAGUUUAACACAAUAAUGCAAUGAUAAGUUUUACUCAAGACAUGCAGUUAUGGUGCUUUCCUGGACCUCUGAAGUCGGAAGUUGGAGCUGGGAAUGACAUCGCAUCAGAGUUAUCAGCAUUUCAGUUACAAAGUUGGAAAAAAGUAGCUAACGGCAAAAAACGGAAGCGAAAACAAGACGGCUACGAAAGUUAUUCUCGUGAUUGCCUUCUCCGAAUAUAAACAACCUCUGGACAAAUAUGCGGUCCUUCUGCAACCUGCAAACACGGUGGAUAAAUAGGCAACACAUAAGCGCAGAAGGUAGCUUAUUUUUUUUUUACAGGAGCUUCUACUUACUGUUUACAACCGUCGCCGCCAUCUUUAAAUGUCAACUCGGGGUUUGUGUGGAUCGUCCGACUUCCCGAGUCAGAAAUUCGACCUCUGGGGUUGUUCCUUCUGAAAGCUCGGACUCGCAGCUCAGAAAUCCUGACUUCUGAGUACAACUGAAACGCACCAUUAGUCCAUUUUGUGCAACUAUAGAAACAUGAUGGUGCAGUACGGUGGCCUCCAUGUAAAGGGACCCACUGUCAGAACGAUUAAGAGCUCAGACUGCGUUAAAACUGCACACCAUGAGUGUCAUUUAUGAAACAUAAACAUCACUAAGAAACUUCUCCGGAUCAUAAAUGCAGUGGAAGGGCGGCACAGAGGUGUAGUGGUUAGCACCAUCGCCUCACAGCAAGAAGGUCCUGGGUUCGAAUCUGGGUCAGGGUGUUUCUGUGUGGAGUUUGCAUGUUCUCCCUGUGUGUGCGUGGAUUUACUCCGGGUACUCCGGUUUCCUCCCACAUCACAAAAACAUGCAGGAGUGGGUUUAGGUUCAUUGGCCACUUUCAAAUUGCCCGUAGGUGUGAAUGUGAGCGUGGAUGGAUGUUCGUCUCUUUAUGUCAGCCCUGCGAUGAACUGGCGACUUGUCCUGGGUGUCCCCUACCUUCGCCCUAAGAUGCUGGGAUAGGCUCCAGCCCCCCCGCAAAACCCCAAUGGGAAUAAGUGGUAGAAAAUGAAUGAAAGAAUGCAGUGGAAAACCCAGGUUUAAUCGUGUGUAAACUCAUGAAAGUUCACGAAAGCUGAGUUCUUAUUGGGUGACAUUGCACCCAGGGACUUGAACCACCGACCCUCUCAUUCCGGUCACAGUACUGCGCUUAAGUAUUCCACUUGUGGUGGUCUAGACAGUUUAUUUAUGAGACGGAUUCAUUCAGAAAUGAAAGUGGAAAAAGGCCAGCAGUGUCGUGGUUGUCAUGGUGAGUUAUCCUGAUUAAAAAUCCUUCAAUGCCAAAACUACAAAGUCUGAGGUUAUAACUGUGAAGUGGGAAAAAGUUUUCUUGAGAUUGCAGUCAGUCUGUUCUGAAAUUGCUCGGUCUCUUUCAUCCAAAGGUAACCCCCUUUUUUCAGGUGUGCACUCAGACCAAAAUCGCCCUCUUACAGCCCUCUUCGUUUGUUUGUUUGUUUGCCACACAUUGAUUUUUCGUACUCCUCCCGCUUUACUUCAAAAGCUCUUGUUUAAGAUUAAUCUCCUCCCCUUUGCUCGUUAACUGAUUACCUUUAAAUAUUCUGCGUGCAUCAUUUCCCAUCAAACAAAGUGGGUGGAUGUCAAGUGUUAUAUGAUGAAGAUUAACAGCCGACGGGUCGAUAACUUGUAAUCACAACACGAGCGUCUCUGCGCUGAAGGAGGUUACAUUUCAUUUAGUGUAAAGGCACAGACGUAUGUGUUUUAAUCCUGAUCAAUACAGCCUAAUGAGCGGACUGAUCAAUGAGAAAGUGAGAUCACAAGAAAUGAGGAGCUCGUGCCGGAUCAAUGUUGCCAUGACAAUUAUUUCACAUCUUAACGACGUCCGCGGUUUUUUCGGCCAUGUUAAUGUGACAUUUCUGUGAGAAUCUGCAGCUCAUUUUAGGGGCUCCCGGGGAAUGAUGCAUGCUGGGAAACUAAGGCGAAGGGAUGAUUGAGGGGCUUAGAAGAGUGUCACAUGCAGGUGUGCCUUUGUCUCCCACGUGAGGCCCUCAGGAGCAGGUGGGAGGGUGUGUGUGUGCGUGUGUGUGGGGGGUUGCAGAGAAAUCUUACACGGUUAUGAGAAAAAAAUCCCAGAUAUUAAAAAGAUAAGUGAACAUAAAUCAAUCUGAGGGUAAAAUUGUAUUUUCUCCCGCACACAUCCUGCUCCACUGUUCCCUCUCCAUCUCUCUCUUACCGCUACAGUGUGUGUGUGUGUGAAGGUGUGUGUGAAGGUGUGUGUGUAUUUAACGUCCGUGUAAGGCAGAAAGAAGCUGUAAUGCAGUGUUUGUGCCAUAGGAGCUGUUAAUGUACGAGUUCAGAUAUGUAUUUAUACUCCGACAUGAUGAAUAUAACUCCAUAGAGCACAGUAUUAUAGAGAUAUAUCCCUGAAUGUACAACUGAAGCUUAAAGCAUCUUUGUUGGUAUUUUUCUGAUUGUGAUUUUCUACACGGUUACCUUUUUUGAGCAGUCUUUUACCUUUCUCCAUGGCAGUGUUUCAAACUGUACUUUCGGAUUGUACUGGAGUGAUUAUAGGCUUGCAUUGUUCAGUUUUUUCCUCCUAAUGAAUGUAUUGAUCGUAUAAAGAGUAUUUAUUACCGUGCUGUGAGAAAGUAUGCAGAAAAGUAUUGGCUGAUAUCAAUAUUUUUGUUUAAAGAAAUAAAGAGCAGAGUCUCCAAAGAUUCAG